AUGCCAUCUGCUUCACCGCCUUCUCACCCGGACGUCCCACCGUUCCCAUCACCCUCGACCUUCUCAAUCCUACCCGACAUCUACCUCCUCAUUGCGCGUCUGAACAUCCUCCAGACAGGCGGCGGACAACAAACCAGCCAAAACCCUCCCUCGUCCUCACAAUCGCAGUCUCAACCCCAGACACAAGCUCAAACGCAACCGACUUCCCAACCUUCCGCAGCAUCCACUUCCACUACGCCCACUCCGCACCUCCACACCGGCCCGCCCUUGGACCUCAAAGAUCUGCCCGCGCAAGUGUAUCCGAUCAAACAGCGUCUCGCAAAAGCGCGAGCGGCAGUUUCGGCGCUCCCGGACGUGGAACGCAGCGUAGAAGAACAGGAAGCCGAAAUCCGCGAGCUGGAGCGGACGGUCGCGCUGCUGAAGAGGCGAUUGGGCAAAUUAGGUGAGAUCGCCACUGGAAAGCAGGAAGAGGGCGACGUUGUCAUGGGGGGCACCAAGGGUGAAAUAUCGCAUCUCAAGAACAGGUCUACCAAAGAACAAUGA